UUGGAUUCAUUUUCGUUUUCUGCCAUGACAGUAUAAGCUGAAUUUAAUUAAACUCAACUGAGACUCAGCUCAUUGUCAACUACACAUCACCAUCUGGAUUUCCAUUCUGCCAUCAUUUCUGGUGGUAGAAGAUGAACCCUCUAACGAAUGUGAAAAACAUCAAGAAACUUAGUGAGACGGAACUCAAGUAUAACAUAUCUGGGAAGGCUUCAUGGCACUAUCAAUACAAAGACAGUGCUUGGAUUUUUAUUGGAGGAUUACCUUAUGACUUAUCUGAGGGUGAUGUCAUCUGCAUAUUUUCACAGUAUGGAGAGGUUGCUAACAUCAAUUUAGUGAGAGACAGGGUUACUGGUAAAUCUAAAGGCUUUUGUUUUUUAUGCUAUGAAGACCAGAGAUCAACAAUUCUGUCAGUUGAUAACUUAAAUAGUAUCAAGGUCUGUGGAAGAACUCUGCGUGUCGAUCACGUCGAGCAAUACAAGAUUCCUAAAGAUCCCGACAAGCUCGAUGAAGAUGCAUUGAGGAUUCUCCAGGAAGGAUGUGGUCCGGAAUCGUCAGUCAUUAAAUCUUUAAUGAAUUCCACUAUCGGAAAGGAUCUCGCGACACAAGAGAACACUUUAACAACCGAAGUUCAAGUUAAAAAAACAGAAAUGAGUGUAGAAUCACAUCGCAGCAAUGGAGAGGGAAGAGGAAAAGAAAGGCGCCGUUCACGAAGCCCUAAACGUAGGCGCAGUGCUGAGAGGGACUACGCGGACUAUAGAAGCCGACCAUAUGACAAAGAGAGGUCAAACCGUUAUGAUAAAACCAAGAAAAAUAGGGAACAUUCACCAAGGAGCGAUCGAUCGCGCGACAGGGACAAGAAACGUGAAAGACGUUGAUCGAACUAUUAUACUUUUUUCGUCUUCGUUCUUUUUGAAUAAAAUGUCAUUUCAACGAUA